GUGUGCUAUCUUGCUGUUGCAGGCUGCUCGUGAGCUCGUGUUCCGAAAAUGUCAUCAGAAUGUGGCAGCAGCGUUCAGAAUGGGCAAAGUUCAGAGUGUACUCUGGACAAGGAACAUCCCCGCUUGUUGAUCCCUGAGCUCUGCAGACUCUUCUACCAGCUAGGCUGGGUGACAGGAACAGGUGGAGGAAUAAGCCUGAAGCAUGGAAACCACAUCUAUAUAGCCCCCUCUGGAGUCCAGAAGGAGAGGAUACAGCCAGAAGACAUGUUUGUUUGUGACGUAGAGGAGAGGGACAUCAGUUGCCCACCUCCCUGGAAAAAGCUCAGAAAGAGCCAGUGUACCCCUCUCUUCAUGAACGCCUACACCAUGAGAGAGGCCCAGGCAGUGAUACAUACACAUUCCAAGGCUGCAGUGAUGGCAACACUGCUGUUUCCUGGCAAGGAAUUCCGUAUCACCCACCAGGAGAUGAUCAAGGGAAUUCGCAAAGGCAACUCUGGCACUAACUACAGGUAUGACGAGACGCUAGUGGUGCCUAUCAUUGAAAACACCCCAGAGGAAAAGGACUUGAAAGAGUGCAUGGCCAAGGCCAUGGAACAGUAUCCAGACUCCUGCGCUGUCCUGGUCCGCCGGCAUGGGGUCUACGUCUGGGGCGAGUCCUGGGAAAAGGCCAAGACUAUGUGUGAAUGCUAUGAUUACUUAUUUGACAUCGCAGUGAAGAUGAAGCAGUGUGGCCUGGACCCCGCCUCACUUCCUACUGAAGAAAAAGGGAUAUUCUGACCUCCACCGAUCUUCUUUGGAAGAGAAAAAGGAGGCAUAAAAAGGAUUCUGAAUGCCAUAAACCAGUUUUGUGUGUGUGUGUGUGUGUGUGUGUGUGUGUGUAUGUGUGUGUGUGUGUAUGUGUGUGUGUUGUCACAUAAUCUUUAAAAGCGCUACUCUGGUGUCUCACUCACUGGGUAUGUUGGAUAGUCAAAAUGUUACAUUCAGCGCACUGUUUUUUCAGACUAUGCACUUUUAAAUCUGAAUUGAUCAUUUCUGUUUUUAUCUUCAUUAGUCAGUACCCAUAAUAUCAUCCUUAUAUCUUCUCAUUUUCCUUUAUUUCAGUUUUAUAGCACACAGAAAGAAAUUAAAAAGCUUUA